AUGGUAGCCUGUAUGUUUCAUCUCAUGGAUCCUGAGCUAUUCCUGUAUCCCUCAGAUACAGAGGCGGAUUAUCACUCCGCGGCCUACAUUCAUUCUUUCGACAAUAGUCCUGCCCUAAGAAACCUCAAAAUGAGAUCCAGUACCGUGUUAACCUACCUUGUCACGCUCUCCGUGGCCAUUGGCCUCUGCGUGUGUGUUGAUCCUGAGCCCAAUGUGGGAUUUGUACACUCCUGGAGGUCCCCCAGGGACAGAGAAGCCACGCAUAGGUUUAGAGACAACGUGGUCACAACCGAAGUGGAGGUGGACAAAAACCAGGACGGAACGUGGAACAUUUGCGCCAACAACCGUCUGGCCUUCCCUGUGAACUUCCAAUUGACUGUGGACGGUAAGCGCGUCCCAGGUCCGCGCGUCGGGGAUUGCCGAACCCCUAGUAUGAUCCCACAUCACACCCCCACCCCAGUAGUAAUCACCAAGACAGACAAAAAGCCCAAACAUGUAUCCUUUACCUUUCACCUUCGCAAACCGUCGGCCAUAGAAGUCAAGCGAAUGGAACGUAUGCCAUCCAUCAGCAGCCGGCAAUACACACUGCGAUCCCCACACGCUUCCGAUGAUGAAUUCGACGCGCCCUUCGUUAAGGUGACACUUUGA